GGCCACUAUUGUUGCUGAUAAGCUGUUGCGAGAGAAGUCAAGUGGUUUCGCUUUUAUUUGUUUUGUCUCUUGCAGGCAACACAACGAUUCGGAAGCAACAAAUUGAAACCUCGACGAUUUCCUUACUCCUCCCCCACUUAGCCUUCUGACUAAAAGUGCCGCCUCCGUCCGAGUCCCCAUCGCAUGCCAGUGUUUUGAUUUGCAUCUGUUCUUAGGCAGUAGCCGGAUUUGCGGGUUCCAGUCACCUAAAGGCCCCCCUAAAUUGCGCUGCGGAGAUUAAACAACAGAAGCAAAGACCGACCGACCGACCAGUUCCCGGUUCCAUACACAUCGUGCCAUUUUUAUCUGGCAUACAGACGUGAUUACGUGAUUAGAGCGGCGGCGGCUGUCGCAACAGCGACAACAACAAUGGUUUCCUAUUUCGUACCUCGUGGCCGCUUCCUGCUCAAGGCCGGCAAUCUCAGACAGGUGGUGCAGCAGCAGCACCAGCCAGCCCAGCUCCAGCUCCAGGUUAUUAAGGGACCACAGGGAACUCAGGCGCAGAACGGCAGCUUGCCGGUGGUGCGUCACGUUCGUCAGUUCUCCACGAAUUCCGCCUCCAAGGAGGCUCCUCUCCACCACCGACGACCGCCGCUGCACAAGCAGAAACAGAGUUCCAGCCAGGAUGUUGCCCAGCUCCGACGUAAUGUACUCUCCCGUUGGACCGGCUUUCUGCUACGCUGGGCCCCCAUGGGCGUCUGUGUGUUCGGAGCCAUCGAAUGGCAGCUACAUAAGAAGCGCUGUGAGCGAGAUGGCCUUCCGAGGACUGCCUCUGAGUUGCAGUCGCGCAUCUACUGCUCGCUGCCACUGCGCAUCCUCAGCCGCUGCUGGGGCUGGCUGGCCGCCUGCUACCUGCCGCCCACCCUGCGUCCAUAUGUCUACGGCUGGUACUCCAACACGUUCAAUGUGAACCUGUCGGAGGCCCAGUAUCCGGAAUAUGAGCAUUACAACAGUCUGGCCGAAUUCUUCACACGCCCACUGAAGGAAGGCGCCCGCAUUAUCGACCAGAAUGCUCCCCUCGUGUCACCUGCCGAUGGAAAGGUCCUGCACUUCGGCAGCGCGUCGGAUUCGCUGAUCGAGCAGGUUAAAGGCGUCAAUUACAGUAUCGAGGACUUCCUGGGCCCCUUGCAAACACUGGAGCAGGCCAACUCUGGUGAGCCCUAUGCGCAGGCUCUGAAGAAGAAGAGCGACGGUUCCACAGAACUGUACCAAUGUGUGAUAUACCUGGCCCCUGGAGACUACCACCGAUUCCACUCGCCCACCGCUUGGCAGCCCACCAUCCGUCGCCACUUUUCCGGCGAACUGCUGUCCGUGAGCCCCAAGGUGGCCGGCUGGCUGCCCGGCCUGUUCUGCCUUAACGAACGCGUUCUGUACAUGGGCCAAUGGAAGCACGGUUUCUUCUCCUACACCGCCGUGGGCGCCACCAACGUGGGUUCUGUGGAGAUCUACAUGGACGCCGAACUGAAGACCAACCGCUGGACAGGUUUAAACGUGGGCAAGCACCCGCCUAGCACCUACGAGUAUGACGAGCUCGCCCUGAACCAGGUAACCCAAGGGCCACCCAAGGAGUUCGGGAAGGGUGAGCUUGUCGGCCAGUUCAAUAUGGGAAGCACAAUAGUCCUGCUUUUUGAGGCGCCCAAGAAUUUCAAGUUCGACAUCGUUGCGGGCCAGAAGAUCCGCGUAGGCGAGUCGCUUGGCCACAUUGCCGGCUCCCAUUAAGGAGGAUCACCCGCAUCCUGUACGCGCCGCAUCCUGUACCGAAUAAGUGCAAAGUCCUAUCACCCAUCUGUUCAUAUCACUUGUUGUAUUAGCAUUAGACGCUCGUGUCCCAGGCAAAGGUAUUUUGUGAACAACGUCCUGCGAAGCUAACACUGUGUAUUGUUGCCAUUUCUCUGUAGUCCGUAAGCCAUAUUUUUUACAAUAAAAAGUCGAAAUAUAUUUGAGAACAAACAAAAAAGAC